CCAGAUCUCGUCGGGCCACAACACACAAUGGCAAGCCCCCGGAGCUCGUGCCUGGGCACCGUUUUUCUGUCAGCUCGUGGUUGGUCACACACGCGUCGCGAAGUCUCCGACAAAGCUUUGUGAAAUCGUUCCGCUGCAAACCGUACCGCUGGUCAAACUAUCGAAUCGUUUUACUAUUUAUCUGCACGGUUGUGUUAAGUGAUGGUGGAUAAAAUUUGGCUGAAACUGAACGCACAACACUGUCAUCGAGCACAGAGAUCACACAGUACCGAAUACCCUCUCUUUCUAGAUAUUCAAAUUUUGCACCCCAAAAAACCAUGCAACGCAUCCCGAACCCAGCUAAAGUGGCCCUCCGGCAGCGUGUCAAGCAGCGUCUGCAAACGCUAACACCCGACGAACGGCAACGACAAUCGGGCAUCAUCAUCGACAAGGUUAUGGCACUUCCGUUCUACGAGCGCUGUCAAAGGAUUAGCGUCUAUCUCAGUACCGAAACCGAAGUCAACACCAAACCGCUGCUGGAGCGGCUAUUUCAGCAGCGCAAACAGGUCUUUGUGCCGACGUACAACAGGAGCGCAAUGAAAAUGGUUCGCAUCAAUGAUAUGGAGGAUUACGACCGGCUACCGACGACCACGUGGAAUAUCAAGCAGCCCGCCUUUGACGAUGCAACACGCGACGACGGACUCACAACAGGUUUGGAUCUAAUCAUCCUGCCCGGGGUAGCAUUUACCAGGGCCGGCGCCCGGCUCGGUCACGGUGGUGGAUAUUAUGAUCGAUAUUUGAAGGAGUACUUCGGCAAACAUCCGAACACACCGCAACACACGACCCAGCUGGUGGGGAUCGGAUUUUGCGAACAAAUUGUACCGGAUGGUGGGCUACCGGCCGAGGAGCACGACGUAUCGAUCGAGUACAUUGUAACGGCGGAUUGAAUAAUGUAGUGCAGUGGCACGUUUACUUUCACCCGCUGCCUGUUGCAUACUCUGCUUUUUUAAUUAAUGAUUAAACUCGGGCUAAACAGGCUUUUUACUGUUUAGCCUUCUUUUGACGUUAUACCGGGGUUUUCAAUUUUUAAUCAAAUUUUCGAUUGAAAGCGGAACGAUAAAAAGGUUACCAAUAAUCAACAAACAGGUUUUCUUUUUGCAUUCUUAACAUUAAACGUCUCCCCACCAAAAGGGUGCGACCCCAUCGCAAUAAUGUUACAAUCAAUUUAUCGAACAUUUUCAAUUAAUAAACUUCUUUCCGGCAUUUUACAAACCUUCCGCCGCCAGUAACAAGCACACAACAACAAAAAACACGAAAUAAACAAAGCGUUCGGACACCACCAAUAAGCUUAUCGGGAGAUUUUUCUGUUCUCUUUAUUGCUCCUCUCCUGUUUCCAUUCGUCAUGCGCACCACUCGUACACAAGUUCAUUCGUUAUUCGUUAGCUAUUUACACUGUACGAUUUUUGCUCUAUUUACACAUUCACCUAACACACUUUAGGUGACUUUUCCGUUCUGUGUGUUUCCUCUUUUUUUCCUUAAGCAAAACAUUCUUCUAACACCGCUAAGGAAAAUUCCAAUUUUCACUUUUCCUCUUCUAAACGCUUGGCUCUCUAAUCGGCAGUACGUCUUCGUCUAAUGACUAAAAUCACAAAAUAAAAGAUUCUUUUUUCCCUU